AGGCCCAAACCCUAUGCCUUGCCCCAGUCUGUGCACUCUCUAAUCCUGCUUUAUGGUCACCUUCCCAAUGACGGAUCUGGGGGGAACUGGGGUGGUUCCACCCUCCCCCUCCCCCAAAAUAAAGAUGGUUGUCAAGUAAGGUGGAGAAAUCACAUGGAUCCGAUUUUCAGAACUGCCUGCCUCCCACCUGUGUGACCUGGGAGAAUUUCUUUGACUUCUCCAAGCCUCAGGGGCCUCAUUUUUAAAACAGAGAAUCUCUGCUUCACUACUGCAAGGAUUAAAUAAAAGAAGGCAUACACAGUGGCCGACACCCAGCACACACGAACUACAUGCGCCCUUUCUCCAGUCCUCUCCUUCCACUGAACUUACAUCUUACUAAUUCAGCUGUGCCAGGCCCCACCCCCCUCUUUCAGCAAACACGGAGGGAGGCACCGCCUCUCUCCCCCACCGGCUCUGAAGCAGUCAGAGUCCAGAGAGCCGUGAAGUCAGACUGGACGACCAGCCUUUCUCCCGAAGCUGAAGGGACCCCCUGAGAGGAUGAAGGUCUCCGGGGCUGCCCUCUUUCUCCUCAUCCUCAUCCUCACCACUCCUGCUUUGCACGGCCAGUCAAAAAGUCCUGCGUCGUUGAACAGUUCUCACACCUGCUGCCUGAAGCAUCAUGAGAAAGUAAUGCCAAGGAAAAUGGUGGUGGGAUACAGAAAGGCCCUCAACUGCUACCUGCCGGCAAUCAUCUUUGUCACCAAAAAGAACCGAGAGAUCUGUGCCAACCCCCAAAACAAAUGGGUCCAAGAGUACCUCAGGGAUCCCAAUAUACCUUUGCUGCCUCCCAGGAACUUGGCCCAGGCUAGAAGUGUUAGGCCAUAGGAAGGCCACAACGCCACAGCUCUCCACGACCAUCAGGCUUCAGUGGGAGUCCAGGUUCUGUAAAGAAAGGAGCAGGCCUGUGAAAAUGUGGCAUCUGGGGUGGGGGGCUGGCGUGUGGUCUGAAUGAGAAGCUAAUUAAAUGUACUUGAAACAUG